AUGUUCAUCCAGCGAUUGAGGCAGUGGGUCUUAUUCUUGGCUGAUUUCGCGCCUUCUCAAGAAGGUCAUAGUGAGACAAUUCUGAAUCCUUCCAACUCGGUGAAGCAUGUUGAUCACAGACUUGUCGUCGCUGAAGCAAUUAGAGUUUCCAACUCAUGUUGCGAGGCUAUUGCAAAACAACUGAAGAGCAGAGUUGCUUUCCCAAAUAACCAGCAGUUCACAACAUCGAGCAAGACAUCCAGCCAAGAUGCGUGGUGCUACCGGAAUCUGCGGAUGAAGUCUCGCAAGUCGUGCAAACCUUAUCCGCUGGUAUACACGUGUGGCAAGAUCGGUGUCGAUAUGCUAUACGAGGCGCAGGACACACCCCUUUUGCUGGUGCAGCAAACAUUGAAGAUGGCAUAG